AUGACACCAGAUGAAGAAGAUUGUAAAAAUUUCUGGAAGCAGUGCGAACGACAUAUCAGUACCAUCAGAGGCAUUGUGGGUCGUCUUCCAAAACCCUACGACGAUGAGACAAAAUCCGAUGUUGAUUUCAUCUUGAAGUCACUGUUUCCGGUCCAGCGGUAUAGCUACGUUGACUGUACUCAAGGCACCCACUAUCACGAGCAUCCGGUGCGUGUCAUCGGAAGAGCUAUUACAAGAUUGGAAACUGUUAUGGAACGCCUCAAUCGAAACCUUCCUCAGAAUCAAUAG